AUGNACCCUCCACUAUUGUUGGAAUCCAUGAGGCGCUGGGCUGCGAAUGGUCACUGUAUAGUGCUCGAGGACUUCAAUGCACCACACAUUGACUGGGCCUCAAACUGUUACGCCACGUCUGCUGAUCACUUCUCACGGGAACUGCAUUCAAGAGUCUGUGAACAUGUGGAAGAACCCACUCGCAGUCUUGGUCAGCAAUUGUCCACACUGGAUCCUGUUCUAACUCCUCGUGUCUCGGACGUAUCCCACAUCCAGUUUCUCCCGACUUUCGGUGCCAGUGAUCAUGUGGUGUUGAUUGUAUGCUGGAGACGUGGGACCCCAUUCUCACAACCAUCCCCAGAGAGACGGAAUGUAUGGCGGAUGCAGUUCGAUGACAUGCGUACCACAGCGCAGUUGUUAAACUGGGAGCCGAUCGACAAAGAUGUCGAAGAGUCGUGGUGUGUCAUCCGAGACUGCCUACUACAGUUGGUGCAACUAUUCGCCCCUGUACGCCGGAGCCGGCCUCAUGCCAUGGGACCACCCUGGUUCGAUCGUAUGCUUAGAAGUAUGCUCCGCAGGAGAAAUCGUGCUUGGAAGCACCACCGCACUUUGAAUGCGGGCUACGACGAAUACCGACUAAUACGAAACCAGUGUUCGGCAGCUAAGGUGGCCAAACGCCGUGCUUUCGAGGAGCGUCUAGCUGCUGAAUCUGCCACGGCGCCAAAGGGGCUAUUUGCGUACUUGAAAAGGAGCACUAGGACGGUACCUGGACUUCCGAGUCUUGUCGAGAAUGAAAUCACUGCUGACACUGAUGUGGACAAGGCUGGUUUUGCUUGCAAAAAUCUCUGGAGUGCUUAUGAUCACUUAGCGCGUGGUUUUGGUUACCACCUUUUUUGUGUCUCGCAUCAUGGCCCCUACUUGAAUGUGGUGCUGAAAAAUGGUCAGUCGAUGAUCAUGUUGUCGGAAGCCGGAACUCCGGCCACCAAAUGCUCAUCAAACCGUUAUGUGUACACUGUCACUAACGAGCUCAUGUGUCGGGAUCGUCCAUUUGACAUAGCUCUCGAGGUUUUGGAUGUGAAGGAAAUUUGCGAUCGUGUUAAACGCCUAGAUGGCCCUGAUGGCAUUUUGCUGGAGCCGACAACUUACACGGAUUAUCAUGGCAAAGUUACCAUGGCAGUUGUACAAUCAUGCUUCCGGGACGUAUUACACACAGUGAUCGAUUCUUCCCACUACACAGGUCGUUUUAUGCCAGGCUACAUUUCUCCUGAGUUCGGAUUGUCUCCCACACUGACGAAGCGGCUGCAAGGGAAACCGGUGAUCAGUUCGAAAUUUUCUUCAUCCAUUUUGGAUCUGGACCACGUGGCUCUGGCCUGUAAUACAAAAGAAUCGAGUAAAGCUAUCCAGUGGUACGGUGACAUCUUUGGGAUGCGAAAAAUCCCUGCGAAUCCUUUAGAUAACGAUAUAAAUGGUUUUGUGCUCAAAUACGGUGAUACAGGUAUGACCCUCAAGGCGGUGGAUUAUGCCUCCGGUAAAAUGGGCACCCCUGAGGCAGAAAAAGGCUCGUGCAAAUUUGUCAUUGUAGAGCCUCUGGACCGAUCAAGUAAGCGUUCUUGA